CUCAAUAGAGGUUGACGUAUCUAUCGUUGAUAUUGUUUACAUAUAUACUACACAGGCUCAUACACAUAGAGAUACACCAAUGCAAAUAUGAUAACGUCACGGUUAAUGAGAACUUUGGUUCGUUCCUCGGUAUGCAGAUUUCAGUCAACCACUGGAGCAGGCGUGGCAGAAAGUGAUGAUGUUGUGGACAGUCCAAGACCACUAUCUGAUAUGCCCGGUCCCGGUGGAAUAUACAGAAUGCCUUAUUUAGGAUUGGCUUUUAUGUUGAAACCAUUCACCAAUAUAUCACAGCAAGAUUUCCACCUGCUUUUAGACCAGUUACACGAUAAAUAUGGGGAGAUAGUUCGAAUGAAAGUAGGAAAUGGCGAUUGGGUUUGUACCGCCGACCCACAUGAUAUCGAAAGAAUUUACAAAUCUGAAGGGAAAUAUCCCAAGAGAUUCGGUCUACUCAUGAUAGAACACCAUUUUAACAAGACCAAAAAGGAGAAGACUAUAGCAUUUUUACAAGGUCCAAAAUGGGCAGAACUGAGGCAGCAUAUACAGAGAAAAUUAGUUCGACCCAAGUCGGCUCUAUAUUAUAUUGACGGUCAAGCAUCUGUAAGUCGAGACUUUGUGGAAAGACUGAAAACUACCAAACCUGAGGAUGUCCGCGAUCUGCUCUUUUCAUAUUCUACUGAAAGUAUUGGUGUUGUGUGUUUUAAUAAGCGGAUGGGAUUUAUGGACGAAGAAAUGGAUCCAGAAGUAGCCGACUAUUUCGAGAAUAAUAAACAAUUUUUCACCUUGCUGAACAAAGGUAUAACUGGGUUCCCUUUUUACAAAUAUUUUGAGACUCCUAUGUACAAAAAAGUGAUCAACACGUAUGAAAAAACUUACAGUUUUGGUCGAAAGCAAGUUGAAGAAUCUUUGGAACAGACCAAGAAGAUGAAAGAAGAAGGAACCUUUGAUGCUGAGGAACCCAAUUUCAUGAUGUCCUUACUCGCAGAAGAACGACUGACAACUGAUCAGAUUUCUGGGAUUGUCUUGGACUUACUGAUUGGUGGAACCGACUCGACUGCUAAAACAUUAGAAGUAAUGUUAGACGUACUGGCUCGUCAUCCAGAAGAACAAGAGAAAUUAUACAAAGAGGUUCAUCAAUUUCUUGGCGAUGAUGGAGACCCGACUGCCGAAAACCUGCCCAAAAUGAAAUACCUCGUCGCCUGCUGCAAAGAAUCUAUGAGAAUGAACUAUCCUGUGGUUUCGGGUAGUAACAGAAUAUUAACAGAAGACAUAAUUCUCAGUGGUUAUCAUGUUCCUAAAAAUACUCUAAUUUUGCUCAAUAACCGCAGAAUGGUUCUUGAUAGAAAGUAUGCCAGUGAUCCCGACCGGUAUAUACCAGAACGUUGGUUGCGCGACGCGGAAGGAAACAAGAAUGUGAAUAUCCCCAGUGUUGGAAUGAUACCUUUCAGCAUCGGUGUUAGGAACUGUGUGGGGCGGCGAUUUGCAGAGCAAGAAAUCUACCUAGCCACAGCCAAGAUUAUCCAGAAAUUUAAGGUUGGAUUGGUUAACCCGGAAGUGAAAAACACUAUCACCUAUCAGACAUUUGCUACACUUCAAGAUCCCGCUAUGCUGACUUUUACAUCGAGACGAUAAGAUUUUAAGCCAUCCUUUCCGCAAUAAGUAUAAUGGUAUAUAAGUACGAAGUUCGUUAGUAGUUUGACAUGGUGAAGAUGCCCUUUUUGUUGUACAUUCCAUUUCAGAAUAUCUAUAAAUAUGUUGGUUCCCUAAAAAGGGGAAGU